AUGGGCUUUGACAAUUCUCUUACCAACGGGCUGCAGUCUGUCAACCGGUUCAUGGAAAACUUCGACCACCCCUCUGGCUCACGUCUGGGCUUUUUCGGCGCCGCAGCAUCCGUCGGCGGUAUUGUGGCUUAUUUGAUCGGUGGCCCACUUGUUGAACGUCUCGGUCGACGAACCAUGUGCUCCUUUGGCGCUUUGCUCGUCAUCUCCAUAGCAAUUAUGGAGACCUUCUCUACAAGCUUCGGGAUGUUCACCGGCGGAAACAUGUUGCUUGGUCUAGGAUCAUACUUCCAACAGAUAUCGUCCCCCGUGCUAGUUGCCGAGCUUGCGCACCCAAAGCAGCGUGUUGCGAUCAGCUCGCUGUACAACACCAGUAUCUUCAUAGGUCUGAUUAUUGGCAGCUGGGUUACCUUCGGCACCUAUAGGAUCGACUCUCCGUGGGCCUGGAAGCUCCCGUGCAUCUUGCAGAUGGUGCUGCCCACAUACCAGAUGUUCAUGAUAUGGCUGUGCCCUGAGAGCCCGAGAUGGCUGGCUUCGAAAGGACGGAUCGAGGAAGCCUGCGCGAUUCUUAUCAAGUGGCAUGGGAACGGCGUUGAGACGGAGCUUGUCCGCCUUGAAUUACAGGAGAUCAUCGCAGGCAUUGAAGCCGACAAUACCGUCAUGCAGAUCAACUGGGAAGGCGUCAAAUCUACUUGGUCCACGAGUGGUAACCGCCAUCGUCUAUGGCUCUGUGUGGUGACCGCAGUGGCCUGGCAAACGAUCGGCGGCGGCUUCACGGCCAACUAUCUUCCGCUGAUCCUCGACCAGAUCGGCCUGAAGUCGCAGCGAGAUAAGACCCUGAUCAAUGCUCUUCUCAAUAUCUUCAAUUGGGCCUGUGCCUUCCUCGCUGCGUUUGUGAUCCCCAAGGUCGGACGCCGGACGAUAUUUCUCGUCUCCGCCGCGGGUAUCAAUGUGACUUUCAUCAUUUGGACUGCCCUGACUGCCCGGUAUACCACGGACGCGCAUCUCUCGUACGGAAUCGGAGUCCUCGUCAUGAUCGUUGCCGUCUCCUUCUUCACCUGCAUAUGCUGGGUUCCGUUGGUGGUUGCCUACCCGGUCGAGACCGUCACCACCAAACAGCGGAGUAUCUAUUUUGCCAUCACCAUGUUUACCAUCAAUGUGACAGCUUUCAUCAGCAGCUACAUGAGUCCUGUCGGGAUCGACAACAUCGGAUGGCGGUACUAUAUCCCCACAUGCGUCUGGAACGCCAUCUUGUUCGUUGUCAUCUACUUUACCUUUGUGGAGACCAAAGGCUUGACAUUAGAGGAGAUUGCAACCCUCUUUGACCGGGAUGAGUCGUUCACUAAUACUGCUGUUGCAGUCGGUCAUGACAUUGACAUGAAGACCUUGGAAAUGGUUUCUCAUGAGCACGAGGAGGAUCAUUACCCUGACAAGGCCUCUCGCAAGUCAAGUCCUCAUAUUGACUGGUGUUGA